UUCGUCUUGGUUGUGUUUAUCGUCGCCAUCGACGACUCUGCUCCCAGACACAGCGACACAGCUGCAUUUCAAUUUUCCAAUCAAAUCCCUCACAACAAAACCCUAAAUUUCCGAUAAUGUCAUCCUCAGCGGAAUUCCUCUCCAACUUGAAGGAGGCAGGCCAAUCCAUAAUCUCCACGCGCCGUCCAUGGCGGCUGUUCCUUGACCCCUCCGCCCUAAGCCUCCCUUCCUCUCUCUCCGAAGCCACCACGCGCCUCGUCCAGAACCUCACACACUUCCUCUUCAACUACACGCUCCUCGUUCUCCUCGUCCUCUUCCUCGGCCUCAUCUACCACCCCCUCGCCAUGAUCGUGUUCCUGGUGGUGUUCGCCGGGUGGUACUUCCUCUACUUAGCUCGCGACGACGAGUCUCUCACCUUCUUCAACCUGGUGACGGUAGACGACCGCGUCCUCGUCGUGGUGCUCGGCGUGGUCACCGUGGUGGCUCUGGUGAUGACCGGCGUUUGGCUGAACGUGAUUGUUUCUCUUGUCGUUGGUGUUGUUGUGGUUUGUUUGCAUGCUGCAUUGAGGGGUACUGAUGAGCUUGUUGUGGAUGAUCACGAUUAUCAAUCCCCUUAUGACCCUAUGCUUAGUGACACUGCUGCUGGUGCUUAUACACGUGUUUGAUCAUUUGGAUUCCAUUAUUUUAACUGUAGAUUUCUCUAACAGUUGAUUCAUAUAUAGAUUUAUGAUAUACCUGUUUUCCACCUUCUCCUUUUUAUUGUGUU